GAGGGCAACUAUCACUCUUUGAUUCUGUUCAGGCUUGCAUCGGAAUCUGCCUCUGCUGAAUCUCCAACUGGGCCUCGAUCUGUUGCUGUACACGCCGUAGGAGAGAAUGAUACCACAUCAAAGUCUCGUCAGAUCUAUGUUAUGGAGGCAAGCUGCCCGCAUUUGGGCGCAGACAUGUCCCAUGCAGAUAUCGAGGAAUACGGCGACGACAAUGAAGACCCUACCCUUGUUGCCGUAUGUCCUUGGCACAGAUAUGACUUCGACCUCCGCACGGGGAAGAGCGAAACAGGGAUGCAUACGUGUACCUACUCGAUCGAUAUUCGCACGGAGGGCGACGUGGAGAACGUAUACAUGGAGACGCCCUCUGGGGGCACUGGUUGGCGCCUGAUAGAACUGCGGCCUGUUUCCGAAGAGUUCGCUGACCCUCCACCAAAGUAUAAUGCUCUAACUUCUGUAUCGGUUCCACGUGAGCGGGACGCAGAGGACGAGCCAGUGGUCCCGGUCGAAGACCCUCCUUCGACACUAAUGGAAUGGGCGGUGCUGAUCCUGAACACUCCCGAACCUCGACUCAAGGUCGAACGCACCCGACACGCCGUGCACCUCUUCCGCACCGGCAAGCUCAAGUCCAUCGGCAACAAAGUCGCUAAUCCGCCAACGCCUCCGGACGUACCACCGCGGCAUGCGCUCUACGUCAGCAACACCGUCGCGCCGGAAAAGAUGAAGACCAAGCGAGGGGCUGCGGCGAGUCUGCAUGCGUUGGCAAAUAUUGAGCAGUGGGCAAUUGAUCUCGCGUGGGACAUCAUGGCCCGCUUCGGCCCGCGAUAUAAGGACCUCCCGCCAGCUUUCUUCACCGACUUUACCAAAAUGGCCCUGGACGAAUCGAAGCACUUCACCCUCCUCACCGCCCGCCUCGCCGCCCUCGCCCCAUCCACCCCCUACGGCUCCCUCCCCGUGCACGCCGCCCUCUGGUCCUCCGCCACCGCCUCCGCCGCCUCCCUCCGCGCCCGCCUCGCCAUCAUCCACCUCGUGCACGAGGCCCGCGGGCUCGACGUCAACCCCGCCACCAUCGCCCGCUUCCGCCGCGCGCGCGAUAUGGAGAGCGUCGCCGCGCUCGAGGUCAUACACGCGGACGAGGUCACGCAUGUGACGACGGGGCACAGAUGGUUCACCUGGGUGUGCGCGCGGGAGGGUGUCGAGGACCCGGUGGCGGCGUUCAGGGAGGAAGUCAGGAAGGGCUGGCGCGGGGAUGUGAAGGGCCCGUUCAAUGAGGAAGACCGAGAGAAGGCGGGACUGACGCCGGAUUUCUAUCGCGACCUCAAGGGCGAGCUUGGGCUGGACGACUCUGGGAUCCUGGGUUUGCGUGGGCUGGAUGACCCGGGGAGAUCACGAGAAGCGGAAAACUCACGGAGGGCGCACGAGGCCGAGGAGAGCUCGCAACAAAAGCCGAUGACUGCAUCAAGCGUGCAGAUUGGUUACGACUCGACAGAUUGAAGCGCUGGGCGCAUGACUGACACGGCACUGUUAAGAAGAUGAAUCAAGGCGGCCACCGCCUUGUCUGUAUUGCCAACCAUCCAGGGCCAAUCGACCGUAAUCUAGAAGUACAUAUGCGCGCCUGUAGGAGUAUGUAUGUAGUGCUGAAAGUUCCUCUGCGGUGCUGGAAUUUAGGUAUGUGAUGCGGAACUGUAGGUAUGCAACGCUCGACUGUAGGUAUCGUCCGCGAUAAUGGUAUAGGUAUCUCCUCGCCAAGGGUGACAGGAUCCGUGCAGC